GACGUUUUGAUUUCAUUGUCUGGCGAAGGGACUCGUGAAAAAAUCUGCUGAAUUCGAGCGGCAGUUGAUUUGUCAACAAAAAGGCUCAGUGUGGCCAACUCCUCGUGUGGCCAACUCCUUGAGAGACAGUAAGUCAACUCUGUACCACCCAGUGUGAGACAAUGCCACAGUGUGAGAAACUCUUAUCUGCAGAGAGCACUACAAAAUGCUAGAUUACACAAUAUUGCCAAAUUGUUACUUGGCAUUCAUAUGUUAAAAAACAUUAAGGAAAUAAAUGGGAGUUAAUCUGUGGCAUCGCACAUGCUGAAUGGCUUGGCCAAGAGGUUGCACACAGAGAAAACACUUCCAAGCACGCCAUUAGUCGCCCGGACGCCUGGAUCUCACCUCGCCUCUCCUCGCUUGCUUGCCAGAAGCAUGGAAACAUGGCAGGAGAAGCGGAGUGUGCACACUAUGAAUCUGCGAUCAGUGUUUACUCCUGAACAGCAGCGCAUCCUGGAGCGGUACUAUGAUAAUGGAAUGACCAAUCAGAGCAAGAGCUGCUUCCAACUCAUCCUGCAGUGUGCUCAGGAGACCAAGCUGGACUUCAGCGUGGUCAGGACAUGGGUUGGCAACAAAAGGAGAAAGCUGGCCUCCAAAGCAGAUAAGAAUGGAGUGGCUGGUGUGUCUAACCAUAGCCUAGCUGCAGCUGGUGGGUCCCUGGUGGCAGGUUCAGUGUUGACAGCGGAGAUGGCUGCUGUGCGAGGUGUUCAGCGUGCUCCGGCUGCAGCGCACCUCCUCCCACCACCGGCCUCCUGCCCUUCCUCCUCCUCCUCUCCGUCUUCCCUCUCACCCCUCAGCAGCGGAAGUGGUGCCAACAGUACCAGUGAUGUCAUAGUGACAGGCACAUACUCUCUCCCGCGUGGCACCAGCCGCCUAGAUUCCUCCUCCCAUGGCAGGGCUGGGGCGAAGGCCACACCCCUGCACCUCGAGGCUGAGCAGGGUCCUCACCCACGACCAGCGAUGCAACCUGAUGUGGCCCCCCUCCACUCAGCCAUACCGGCCCUCCAACUCAAAGCCCCCCAUGUGCCCACAACUGGAGCCCCGAUAUUCAGCCAGAUGAGGAGGUCGUUCUCGCCCCGAGACCCAGCCACCGUACCUCCUGGCUGGGUGAAGCAAUAUGGGGCCUCGCAGCACCAGCCGUGGCCGCCCACCUCACACCAACAAACCCCGGCCCUGCACCGCAACCCCCCAGCCAGCACCCCAGAGAGUGGAGUUCGGAUCCAGCAGGUGUUCACCAUCGCCGGGCUGGCAGAAGGCUUGCAACGGCCUCCUCCUGGAACAAGUCAGGAGCGAGGGUUGAACAAGCCACGGUCACCUGUCAUGUCGGAAACGUUUUCUAUCGCCAUGGAAACAGGCGACGCCAAUGACGAAUAUUCGAGGGAAGAGGAGCUGGCUAACAUGGGUGCUCAAAUUCAGCUCAGCAAGUCCCCAGGCAGUGGUGCAGUAGAAAGCAACAGGGACCUGGCAGGCGGACCUUCCUUGCUUGACAACCGGGGCAUGUACACAGUGACUGCAAGGAGCCAGACGGCUGUGGCACUUAAUUCCCCAAACUCUGUCCAGUUUGGAGAGAAAGGCUGCCAAACCAACAGCUCUUUACUACUCAGUCCAGCCUCCCGUAGCAGCUAUCCAUUCAAACUCAUCUCACAGACUUCUCCGUCGAGAACACCUAACCUAAAGGCAAGUAGCAUGACGGCUCCGUGGCUUCUUAGCAACUCCCGCAAAAGAACAUUCCAGGAUAGAACCCAGUUUACUGACGUGGACCUACACACGCUGAAGCGCUACUGGGACAACGGCAUGACUAGUCUGGGGUCCGUGUGCCGAGAGAAGAUCUCUGCAGCAGCCACCGAACUCAACGUAGACAGUGAAAUUGUUAAGACCUGGAUCGGAAACCGCAGGAGGAAGUAUCGGCUGAUGGGAAUAGAAAUUCCACCUCCGAAAGGAGGUCCUGCAACCUUUACAAAAGUAGCCAGCACUGAUUCCCCAUCACCUCUGACCCCUGAGGAGGACGAGCCCAAGACCCUCAAGCCUCCUGAGGACAGUGAGCAGAAUGAUGCCAUAUCCGUCUGUCUGUCUGAGGAUGGAGCCAGUGACUCUUUCCUAAAGGAGAAUGAUGACUGUUCAAAUAGUUCCACCAUUGCUGAAAAUGUGAAGAUUGAAAUAAUUGAUGAAGAUGACGUUGUCGACGACGACGAUGAUGAUGGUGAUGUGGCCACAGACGUGGAACAGUUGCAUAGUCUCUUAGAGUACAAACAUGAGGAAGUCCAGUAUCUUGAGAGCGAGCUACAGAACCAAAAACAGAAGUACCAUGAACUAAGGACCUUCACCCAAAGCCUAGUGAUGGCGCUAAAGAACAAUGACUCAGACAAACAGCAGGAGCUGUUAGCUAACCUACCUCAGCAAGUGGAAGAAGACCUAGGACCAAGCCCAGAAACGGAUGGGCAAUCUAGCAUCCAGAUGACCUCCAUGGAGAAGGACUCCUCUGUAUCAGAGGGGGAGGGGGACAUGGAUCCAUUAUGACUGUUAGCCUCUAGGGGAGUGCCUCCUCUCCAGUCCUCAGAUUGCCUGUAGGAACUUAUCAGUAACUGAAAAGAUCCUGCUAAAGCCUUUUUUAUUUUAAGGGGUUUUUUUUGUUUGUUUUUUUAACCACAUAUCACACUAUAUUGUUGAGUGAAUCCAGUCACAUGUCAAUAAACACAACUAACUUGGCA